AUGGACUCCCCCGCGGUCCCCGCUCCGCUAAAUCCCAAGGAGCAACCCAUCCUCGAGCGCCUCCUGCGCACCCGCGAUGCGCUCCUCCUCCUCAAACAAGACAAGUCCACCUACAUCAAAUCCCGCGACGUGCUCCCGAUGUACGAAGAGGUCAUUGCCGAGGUGGAGAAGCUCAAUGCCGUUCGGAAGGAGGAAGACCGCCGGCUGACACAUAACCGACUGGAUUAUGUCCUCGACGAUUGUUUCCAGUUGAUCUCCUUGCUGUUCUUGACGGUGGGGAGAAACAAUGAAGCUCCGGCGCUAUACUCUCUUGCGACCACGGUGCAGCGACUCCUCGACCACCUCGAAGAAGCCGGCUUCUACAGCGCGAAAGACCUGAGCUCGAUCACCAAGACUCUCGCCAACACGAAUGAGACCCUCGAGCGCUGUCGCGAUGCGUACUCGCCUGCCCUGAUUACGCUCCUGGAAAGUCGCCUGGAGAAGUGCCAAUUGCAGCUCGAGAAGCUACAGAGUGGACUCGCCAAACUGAGUCCGGGCUUGGCAUCAAUCCAUGAGACGCUGGUGUCGGUUCUGCGGUCAACCUCCGCCGUCAACACUCGGUCGAAGUUCUCGGCUUCGGAGGUCAACAACCUGCGCGAGCAGUUGAAGAAAGUCCAAGCGAGCAUGAAGGACGGACAGUUUGUUGAUGCAGACGGUGUACCUCUGCCUGGGGCCCAGGACGCGACCAAGACACUACUGGAACGGUGCUGGCGUUGGACGGAGAUUGUUCUGGAACGGGAAGGCAAGAUUGAUGAGCGCUUCCAAGACCAAUACGACCGGUUGAUCGAUAUCAAAAACCAGCUGGAUCGGCUUUCCGUCACACAAGCGUGGUCUCUCCGCGAGACGGAUCUCUUCGGCUACCAGCGGAAACUCGAUCGCAUCGAUGAAGCACGGGUCAAUGGGAAUUUCGUCGACAAUGAGGGGAACGUAGCGGAUGUCCAUGCGCAGAGGACUUUGCUCUAUCUGAUCCGACGAAGCUACGGAUACAUCUAUUCCCUGUUGAUCUCAUCCGAACCAGUUUCGGAGGCUUUGCUGCCGGUGUACAAUCAGCUACAGACGCUGCGCAAAUGCCUGCUGGAGGUGCAGGAGUCCGGGGGCGUGUCUAACUCGCGCGAGCUUUACCCCUACAGCAUGAAGUUGAACUCGAUUGACAACAUGCGGGUGGACGGCAAAUUCUACGUGGGAACCGAUAUCCCCGAAGGACAGGGCAGUGUGAAUGCUUUGUUGGCGGAAUGCUAUGAUAUUGUGUGGGAAUUGCGGGCAGCUGUGACCGAUGAGGAGAAGUCUGCAUGAGAUGGAGAUGGAGAUAGUGUUGUACUGAUUAAUUUGUCGUUGUUGCUGUUUACGCUGUUGCUAUUCUUUAUGUGUAGUUCUUAACUAAUGGCGGGGCAGGGGCUCACUUGACUACUGAUUGACUUAAUGUGCGAGAAGGAACGGGUGGUGGACUUUUGACCUGAGGUGUUUGGCGUACUGACGAUGAGUUCAACAAUGUUUCUAUGGUUCCUGGCCGAUGUGUG